CCCUCAUCUGUCAGACAAACCAAACAUCUCUCACUUCCCAAGAAGCUCUCACCAGCCUCGUUCUCGUGACUCGUUGGUCCAACUAAGCAACAUCUGGUUUCACUGUCUGUGCAGGUGACUCUUUUCCCAACUCCGACGCCAGCCAACAUUUCCAAGCAUUCUUCCUCGAGUUGCCAGGCACUUCCAUUGCCCGGACCCCCUCCGCUUUGUCCGGAGCCCAUCUGGAAGUGCGACCUGCCUGUUCCGUCACAUCGCGAGGGCCUUGAACCCUUUUUUUGAGUCAUUUCGGCCUCACCCCCAGAGCAGCGCUUGAUCCGGAUCUUUGCUCCUACAAACUCAUUCCUUCGAAGCAUUCCAGAAAACCUGGAAGUUUGCCCAAGUGUCAAACCACCACAUCGCGCACCACGAGAAUCUGAACCCACAUCCGGCGCAUCGCAUCGCAUCGCAUCGCACAGCCCAACAGUGCCCUGAUCUGAUCACUUAACCAACUGGGCGCCAAAAAGUGCGCGCCCGCCUCCUGCCAGAGCUCGCCCGCCAUGGCAGCCAUCCAAUAUGCUCCCUUCUCCUCCGAGAUCGAGCUUCCCUUUUACGCCGCCCUCUUUUCCUCCAAGCUCGAACAUGACAAGCUCGACGACUCGGCUCGCCGCGUACUGGGCCAGUACACCACCCUGCCCGUCGACCCGGCCCAGAGCUGCAAGAUGUCCAUCCUGGGCAACGCCCUCACCAGUGACCAGCCCAACGACGAGCAUGUCCGCGCCGAGGGCUGGAUCAAGAACGUCAACACCAUCGAGGACUUCAAGAACACCGACAAGCAGGCCAUGCUGAAGCUUGCCGCAAGACACGUCUGGGACGCCAUCAACGACGGCACCAUCUACUCCAUUCCCUCCCUCCUCUCGUCCUUCACGAUCCUCUCGUACGCCGACUUGAAGAAGUACAAGUUCACAUACUGGUUCGCCUUUCCCGCACUGCACUCCGACCCCCAGUGGAAGCGCACCGCUCCCAUCGGCCGCCUCGAUCCUAAGGAGAGCACGGCGCUGGUCGACCGGGUGGGCACCUGGCAGGCGAACCGCGACAAAAGGCAGAACGGCUUCUUCCUCGCCAAGAAGGCCCGGGGCGUGGACGUGAGCGAUCUGGACAAGGACGCAAACAGCGAUCUCCACGACCUCAACGACACGUUCGGCUACGUAUGGGAGGUGGCCAACCUCGGCGACUUUGAGAACGGCUUCUUUGACGAUGUUGCCGAGGAGGACCGAUACGUCGCCUUUGUCGACCCGUCGACGUACCCCGAAAACCCCUCGUGGCCGCUGCGCAACCUCCUGUGGCUCAUCCGACAGCGGUUCCGCCUGACAAAGGUGCAGAUCCUGUGCUAUCGGGACAUCAGAUCGAGCAGGCACGCUGCUAGGAGCAUCAUCCUGCCGUUGGAGAUGGACCCGGUAGAGCCUCUCGCGGUCACGGAGAUGCCCAAGGUCACCGGUUGGGAACGGGAUGGCGAGGGCAAGCUGCGGGCCAGGAUCGCGAACCUCGGCGAGUACAUGGACCCCGCGCGGCUGGCCGACCAAUCUGUGGACCUGAACCUGAAACUCAUGAAAUGGCGCAUUUCGCCGAAUCUGGACCUCGACACGAUCAAGUCUACCAAGUGUCUACUGCUGGGAGCCGGUACGCUCGGCAGCUACGUGUCCAGGAAUCUCAUGGGAUGGGGCGUUCGAAAGAUCACCUUUGUGGACUACGGGCGCGUGUCAUACUCGAAUCCCGUACGGCAGCCGCUGUUCGAGUUCGAAGACUGCUUGGAAGGCGGCAAACACAAGGCGACGCGGGCGGCCCAGGCGCUGAAGAGGAUCUACCCCGGUGUCGAGAGCGAGGGCCACGUCUUGUCCGUACCCAUGCUCGGCCAUCCUUUCACGGACGAGGCCAGAAGCAAGGCGGACUACGACAAGUUGAAACAGCUGAUUGACGACCACGACGCCAUUUUCCUUCUGAUGGACAGUCGCGAGUCGAGAUGGCUCCCCAGCGUCGUGGGCAAGGCGGCCGGCAAGAUCGUUCUCAACGCCGCCCUCGGAUUCGACUCGUUCGUGGUGAUGCGACAUGGUGCCGAGCCUGCCGAUACUCAGCCGGAGGACACGGAACGCAAGACGCUGGGCUGCUACUUCUGCAACGAUGUCGUGGCCCCGGCCGACUCGCAAAAGGACCAGACUUUGGACCAGCAAUGCACCGUCACUCGACCGGGCGUGGCGGCGAUCGCUUCGGCACUGCUCGUCGAGCUCUUUGCAAGUCUCCUCCAGCACCCUCUCAAGCAACAUGCGCCGGCACCCCAGACGUCGAACGACGAGAAGGACCCGCACGACCAUGCUCUGGGACUGGUCCCCCAUACGGUCCGCGGCUACCUGCACAACUUCAACAACAAGGUCAUCCGGGGAGAGUCGUACCCGUGCUGCAGCGCUUGCGGUCCUCCGAUUCUGGAGGCGUAUCGGACCGAUGGUUGGAAGUUCGUCAAGAAGGCGCUUUUGGAGAAGGACUACGUUGCCGAGCUGUCCGGGCUUGCGGAUGUGCAGCGCGAGGCCGAGAGGCGGGCGGCGUCGAUGGACUGGGAGGACGAGGAGGAUGGCGCAGACGAAGGAGAUGGAGAGCUGAUUUGAAAGUCUUUUUCCUAUGUCUUGGGAACGGGCGAGUUAUUCACGGUGGAAUAGACGAGGCGUUGGAAAUCUAGGUAGAUGACCUUUGAGGCGUUGUGGUACAGGUAUUAUUGCUGGUAUCUAUCUGGUUAUGAGUUUACAGCACCCUACGAGAUCGGCAUUUGGUUACGAGGCUGGCGAAAGAGACACGCAAUUGUUUUUCUUCUUUUCUGCGUCAGGGUUUAGCCAUGAUGGCAGUCACUUGAAUCUUUCUCUACC